CGCUCCUCACGCGCCGGCACUAAUAAAAGGCGGCGGCGGCGGCGACUGGAGCAAACGCCUCGUCCGCUCCGCCCAGCCCAGCCCAGACCCGACGCUGCCGUGAUGGACCCCCAGGACUGCACCUGCGCCACCGGUGGCUCCUGCAACUGUGCCGGCUCGUGCAAGUGCAAGAACUGCCGUUGCACCUCGUGCAAGAAGAGCUGUUGCUCCUGUUGCCCCGUUGGGUGCAGCAACUGUGCCAAGGGCUGUAUCUGCAAAGAGCCUAUGUCUGAGAAAUGUAGCUGCUGUCACUAAACUGGAUAUUUUCUGUUCCCUUGUAAAUAUUCUGCAUGUCAAAGAAUAAGAGGUUUUUCUUUUUAUAUGGCAAUGAAUACUUUACUUUUCUUACAAAUGCUGAUCUGAAGAUGAUGUAAAAUAAAGAACUUUAUUUGAGAAAUAAAA